GGAAAAUUCCACUUCGGAGCUGGCUCCACCCUAUGCGCCUUCUCUCUUACCUCACGCUCCACUUUCAGCUCCCGUCCCGGCAGCCUUUGCGUGAGCAAAAUGGCAGCCCCCAUACCUCGGAGCUUGCCUUGCUUAUCCAGGGCUUUGGGAUGGUGGUCCCGGCAGAUUGCUUAAAUCCUAACCUUUCCUUCACCUUUCAGCCAGUCCUGGCCACUCAGUUCACAGCUGUAGUUCCAGUAAGAACUAAAAAACGCUUCACACCCCCUACUUAUGAACCUAAAUACAAAACAGAACAGGAGUUCAGAGAACAUGCCCGGAAAGCAGGAUUGGUCAUUCCUCCAGAACGUUUGGAGCGUCCCAUACAUCUGGCCUGCACAGCUGGUAUCUUUGAUGCCUAUGUGCCUCCUGAGGGUGAUGCUCGCAUGUCAUCUCUUUCAAAGGAAGGACUGACACAGAGAACUGAGCGAUUGAAGAAGAACGUGGCAUCACAAGUGUCAAUCCGGAAGAUUAAAGAAUUUGAUGCUAAUUUUAAAACCAAAGACUUCCCUGAAAAAGCUAAGGAUAUCUUUAUUGAAGCUCACCUUUGUCUAAACAACUCAGACCAUGACCGGCUUCAUACCUUGGUAACUGAGCACUGCUUUCCGGACAUGGUCUGGGACCUCAAAUAUAAGACGGUCCGCUGGAGCUUCGUGGAAUCUUUAGAGCCACCGCAGGUGGUCCAGGUUCGCUGUUCGAGUCUGGUGAACCAGGGCAACAUGUACGGCCAGGUCACCGUCCGCAUGCACACCCGCCAGACUCUGGCCAUCUAUGACCGGUUUGGCCGGUUGAUGUACGGACAGGAAGAUGUGCCCAAGGAUGUCUUGGAGUAUGUCGUGUUUGAAAAGCACCUGUCGAACCCCUAUGGGAGCUGGAGAAUGCAUGGCAAGGUCGUUCCCCAGUGGGCACCCCCUAAGCAGCCCAUCCUUAAGACGGUCAUGAUCCCUGGUCCCCAGCUGAAACCAUGGGAAGACUAUGAAGGGGCCCAAGGAGAGGCCCAUAAGCCUCAGCUAGCCUAAUGGCAAAAUGACACCUGGGGUGAAGCAUGGAUGGUGAGGCUGCAGGAAGCCAUGAAGUCAUCUGUCUCCUUCAAGUCUCCGUCUCUGUAAAAAGAACUCCCUUUUUUCACUCCUGUCCCACUGGGUCUUUUCAGCUGUGUCAUCGUCAACAACUGUGGGCAGUGGCUGGGCCCAGGAGGGCAGCUGGUGUGCACAGCCACGGACCCUCGUCUUCUUUUGUAAAUUGUUUGUCUAGCGUCUGAGUCCAGAUAAAGGGCAGUCUGACUCAGAGAACACCAGUUACAUUCCCCAUUGCCUGGACUGUGGGAGUGAGUGGUGGCGUUCUCUUUCUGAUCACAGGACAGAGGUCAGGGUUGGGAAUAAAGCACUGUCGGGCUGUUGGACAAA